GGGGUGGGAAGGAUUUGGGGGACAGCGGGUCCGGACACGGGGCAGGGGCUGGAUUCUCCCCUUUUAAAUGUUGUGGGAGCACGGAACCAACUGGGGGUGCGCAGACCCCGUGGGGGUGGCAGGCACCCCAUAAGGGAGUGCAGGGACUCCGUGUGGGGCUGUGAGGGACACCCUGAGAGGACGGUGGGACACUGAGGGGGGACACGGACCGGACAGGAGCAGGGAACCCAUGGGAGGGCGGCGGGACCCUGCAGGGGGUGCAGACACCCCGGGGGUGGGGACAAGGACCCUGUGAUGGGGUACUGGGGUGGCGGGGGGGCACAGAGACCCCACAGAGGGGUCAGGGACGCCAUGGGAAUGUGGUGGGACCCCACAGAGGGGCACAGAGACCCCAGAGAGGGGUCAGGGACCCCAUGGGUGGUUUUGGGGUCCCCAUGGGAGGAUGCUGGGACACGGGGGGGUGUUUUAGGGACCCGGUGGAGGAUUUAGGGAUGCUGGGAAGGGCGCCUGGACCCUGAGGUGGAGUCAGAAGGAGACCCCAAAGCUGCGGGAUGCAGUGACCCCCUGGGGGAAGGGGGGCUGCUCCCCGUCCCCCAGGUUUGGGGGCCCAUGGCAGAGCAGGACUGGGCGCUGGAGCCGGGCUGGCUCCUGUCCCCCGCCGGCCGCCCCUACCUGGACUCCAUCCUGCACAAGAACCGGCGGAGGGUGUUCGGCCUGCUGGAACGCCCGGUGCUGCCGCCCGCCCUGGCUGUCCCCACUGUCACCUACAAACUGUUCCUGGCGGGAAGAAGCGGCGUCGGGAAGACGGCGUUGGUGGCCUGGCUGGGGGGGACCCCCGUGCCCCCCGCCCACCACGAGACCCUGGGGAUCGAGGCCACCCCACCCACACGGAGAGCCUGGGCACGGCCUGGGGUCCCGCGCGGUCCCAGGGUGACGGUGCCUCGUGUCCCCGCAGGGAUCGAGGCCACGCCGCUGUUCUGGCCCGCCAAGCCCCGCGCCAGCAGCCGCCCGGUCCUGUUCCAGCUGCACCUCUGGGACUGCGGGGACGGAGCGCUCAGGAAGUUCGAGCACCUGCUGCCCGCCUGUAAGGAGGAGGCGGACGCUGCCCUGUUCCUGUUCUCCUUCAUGGACCGCGCGUCCUUCGAGGAGCUGCCGGCACUCAUGGGCCGCGUGCUGGGCCCCGGGGACCGCGACAUCGUCAGGGUGGUCGUGGGCACCAAGUUUGCACCCUCAGCCUUCAAACCCCUCAGCCCCUGGGCAGGCAGAGAACACUCCCACCUCGUUACACCCGUGGGUUCACAACUCCCGGUGAAUCUUGGGUGGUGUUGGGGAGAUUUUCCGGGGCGCUGCUGUUUCCCUUGACCCUGUGUCCCCU